AUAUAUAUAUCUAUGCAAUGUCGGGCUUUGGAGAUGUUCGGGCGUGCGACAUUUCUCGGUGCGCGACAUGGCAAAUCGUUGGUUGAUGAUGUUUUUUUCAAAGAAAAAUCACCAGCAAUACCCUAUUUUUCAUUUUAAUCAUACCUUUUCCUUGUAUGAACCAUCCUAAUCAACACGAUCUUGUUGGCUGUUAGAAUUUGAUUGAGGCCUGAAAGUGAUUUUGUGUUUUUGCAAGUGGAGUUGAAUUUGUUAAUGCCAACUAGCAUGUCCACAUCCCAUAAUAGAAAACGAUUAGCUUUGGAUUUAAUUGGACAAUUAGAAGAAGAAGUUGAAAUCAAUCCUCUAGAUAAUGUGUCCUGGACCAAGUUGAUAAAGCAGGUACUUGCCAAAGAUAAAGAAGAACAGGUUCGACUGGUUUUUGAAAAAUACUUGUCCAUCUUUAAGUUUGAUGGUGCUCAAUGGUAUAAUUAUAUAAAUUAUGAACUAAAUAGAGGUGAAUUUCAAAAAGUUCAACAAUUAUUUCCAAGAUGUCUCACAACUACUCCAAACGUUGAAUUAUGCCGUCUAUACGUUUCUUAUGUUCGCCGUGUAAAUGAUGUUAUCACCGGUGGUGAAAAAGCUCGUGGUAUUGUUAUUCAAGCUUUCGAAUUUGCAGUAGCUAGAGUUGGUAUCGAUAUAAAUAGUAGUGAUUUGUGGUUGGAUUAUAUCGAAUUUUUAAAAUUUUGGACUCCGGCUGCAAGUUGGGAACAACAGCAAAAGGUUGACUUAAUCAGAAAAGUUUAUAAAAGAUGCUUAUCAAUACCAACUGAAAAAAUUGAAACUAUGUGGUCAACUUAUACAAAAUGGGAAAAUGAUAUAAAUACUGCUACUGCUAGUAAGUUUAUUGCUGAGAAAUCAACAUCUUUUAUGGAAGCAAGAUCUUGGAAUACAGAAUGGCAUAAUAUCACUCAACUGUUGAAAAGGGAGAUAAUUCCAUUUGGUAUUACUAAUGAUAAAGAUUCUAUGGUUUCUAAUCAAAUGAAAUUAUGGUUCAAUUGGAUAGAAUUGGAAAAAGAAAAUAAAUUAAAUUUAAAAGAAGCAGCUUCAGUUCGUCAAAGAAUUGAAUAUGUAUAUAAACAAUCAAUCUCUGCUUUACCUUUUGUACCAGAAAUCUGGUUUAGAUUCAAUAAGUUUCUAUUGAGUAAUAAUGAAGAAGCUAAUUUAUCUAAUUGUAUCGAACAAACUGAAGAAGCUCUCAAAUUAAAUGAUCAUAGUUUUCUUUUAUCGUUUCAACUUUCCGAAUUAUACGAAAAAGAUAAUAGUUUCAAUCAGGCAUCAACCACCUUGAAUAAUUUAAUAGAUGUUUAUAUAAAAGAUGAUAACUUAGUGGUGGAAAAAAUUGAAAAAAUAUUGGAAGAGAAAAAAAUAAAUCAAGUUUCAAAUGGUGAUAAUGAAGAUAUGCAAGAAUCCACUUUUAAUGGCGAAAAGGAUAAUGACGAUGAUGAUGACGAAGAGGAAAGUGUCAAGAAUUCUCAAGCCCAAAAAAUUUUAAAUAGAUUCACAGAAGAAGAAUCGGACCACCUUAUAGAAUUACAAGAGAAACAUGAAGAGUUAAGUAAAUUGAUAACAUUAAUAUAUACCAAAUUGAUGAUCAUGAGUAAAAGAGCAGAAGGUAUGAAGGAAUCUCGUACCGUUUUCAAACAGGCUCGUAAAAAUUAUAAAAGCUUAGGUUAUCAAUUAUUUACCGAACAUGCAUUAAUGGAGUAUUAUGCUGAUAGACAAAAGAAUGCUGAUAAUAUUUUUAAACUUGCAAUGAAAAAUUAUAGCACCAAUGGUGAAUUUUUAUUAUCCUAUUUGAACUAUUUGGUAUUGACAAAUGCAGUUGAAAGUAUCAAAGUUUUCUUUGAGAGUGCCGUCACAAAUUUACUAAAAGAAAUCACUCAAGAAAAAGAGUCUUUAAAUAACACUCUUGACUUGUACCAGACCAAAUCUAAAACUAAAAAUAUUGAACAAAAUCAAUACUACAUGAAGAAGAUUAUUAAGAAGUACGUAAGAUUUGCAAGCAACUAUCUUGAUAUUGAUACUGUCAAGUCUCUCGAAAAUAGAUAUGAACAAUUCUUCCCUGAUGAUGACCCAUUAGAAUUAUUUGCAGACAGAUAUAAAAGUGACAGUUUUGAUGUUAUCAGUAAAUAUGAUCUUGGUAAACAAGUUACUUCAGAAAACGUUGAUCCAGACUUGAAUAGAGAUUCUAAAAGGAGGAAAAUAGAAUCUUCCCUGGACAAUUACACACCAGAAGCAGAAUCUUUACCCGUUCACGAUGAGAUAUCACAAAAGCCUGCUGUUGAGGUUAAUCAACAUGGAUUCGUGGGAAACACCGUAUAUAAUUUAUUACAGAUAUUGCCCAAUGCUGGCUAUUUUGGACCCCCACCAGAGCAUGUCUUCAAUACUGGUAAGUUGGUCGAAUUGUUCAGUAAUUUACCUGAUAUCCCAGAUAACUUAUAG